AUGGAUACCGGCGACGAUGGCGCCGCCGUGUUCGGCUGCAUACCGACGCCGAUCUCGCCGACUCGCGUGCGUUCGCUCGGUCUGGCGCGUGCCUGCGGCGCCCGUGGAGUCGAUGCAAACUCCCUUCGCGCGGUGUGCACCGUGAGCCGCUCGGUUGAGCUGAACGACAGCCGCGCGCUGCAGACUUGGGCUUGGCGUCGGCGCUACAUUAUCCUGUGUGGUGGGACUCUCUUCAUCUUUCGCGACCACGACGCUGUCGAGCCCGCCGAGGCGGUCGAGAUGGUCUGUGUAAGCACGGGAGUCGCCGCCCGAGUGUCGCUCGAACCCUCCGACGACGGCAUCUGCCUGCGGAUCGAUACUCCCGGCGAAGCCCGCACGCUCCUCCUUCGCGGCCCCGGGGCGGAGGAGGGCCAGCGGUGGAUGGAGGCGCUGGUCAGAGGUGGCGCCUGGCCAUGUGAGCAGUACUCGCCGUCUGGAGGCGCCACCGGCGCAGACGUCGUCUCGGACGCCAUGCGCGCCCACAGCAUCACCGUCGACUUCCUCACGCUCUCCCCGCUCUUCUCGGCCGGCGGGCUAGGCGAGUCGGACGACGCGGUGAUCCUCCUCGCCCCCGCGCAGGGCAUCGAGGUGCCGUCGAGCAGCGGCCUCCUCGGCCUACAGCUCGAGGUGGAGCUGCGCCAGCGGCAGCCGCCGGUCGCAAGCACUGCAGUGCCCCCCACCCGCCCGUCGGGAGGCAUGGCCGGCUUCGCCCCUCUGGCCGCUCUUCUCGCCGCGUUGGGGGCCGUGCUCGCCGCGCUCUCAUGCUCCGCCGAUGGCGCCGCGACGGCGGCGCCGGGCCGCCUGCCGGACAGCGCCUCGGUCGAUGUCGCGAGCGUCGAGCUCCUCCUCGACGGGCUGCACGGCGACGUGGACGCCAUCGCUGCAUUCGUUGCCAGCUCCGGCCUGACCUCCUCGCUCUCGCUCUCGCUUUUGGCUCUCGGGGCUGUCCUCGCUCUCGUUGCCGGUUUGAGCAGCCGGCAACUUUGGGCACACUGCACGGCGGAGAAGCCCCUGCUCCCUCCAGAGGCAUCCAUCCCGCCCGCCGAGAAGGAGGCGCGUGUGGAACAGCACGAGCCGCGAGUCCGCGCCCCGCCCCUCACGCCCGCGCGGGAGCCAGCCCCCAGCUUGCCUGAUGCGGACGCGGGAGCUGUGGCGGCGCAAGAGCCCGCAGAGGCCAGGGCAGAGGCUCUCCCCGAGGGCGCCACGUCCGCGGAGUCAGACCUCGUCCCUGCUGCUGCUGCUGCGAGUGCGGCGCCGGCGCCGGCGCCAGCGCCGGUGGUUGCGCCGCCCGCCACUCUCCUCGCGACAGGGGCCCAGGCGUUGAGGGGUGCCCUGGCACCGUCGGGCAAACUGCGAGACGUCGCGGCGCUGCUGAGCGCAAUCGAGGCGUCGCUCGUCCCGCUGCUCAGUAGCUUCGGGCCGUCGAUGGCUUUCGCCGCCCAAAACGACGCGCGCAACGUUCGGAAAGUGCGCGCGGCAGCCUCCGCAGCAGCGGCGGCCCCGGACACCGCUUCGCUGCAAGACGGAGUCGAUCGCUUGCUCUCGCACGAGGUCGCCUCUGGCUGCCACAAGCCGGCCGAGAAGAGCGCGGUGCUGGCUGACCCCUCUGCCGCCAUCGGGCUCACUUGGCUCUCGCGCUCCCUCCGCUUCAUCUGCAUGUGGAUGGAAGGUGUUUGCGCCGGCGGCGCGCCCGUCGACGCCGCGGCAGCGACAAAGCGGUACAGGGAGGCGAUGAGCGCCGCCUACGAGGCCUCUCUUGCGCCCUACCACGGCUGGCUCAACCGGAACAUCUUCAACGGUUGCGCCAAGCACGCGCCGGGUUACGCAUCGUUCAUCGCCACGCUUGCGCCGACUGCCGAGGAGGCUACGCGCGAGGCGCUCGUUUUAAUGGACAUGGCUGAUUUCGCUACCGCAGCCGCCCCGGUUGCCGAUGCCGUGGAAGCGGCCUUCGCCCGCGCCAAGUUAGUGGACUCUCGCCGUGCCUAG